CCGUUAUGUUGCCUGAAAGCCUGGAAGGUUCGAACACUCGACGAGUGUCUGCCAAUCCCUCCGAAGCGCCGUCUGAGCCCUAAAUCUAAUAGUUCCAGCGGAUAAGGCUUCCUCUCUUCCUCCUACUUUCACCCUCCUCUAAUGUGCUAAUCUAAAUUUCACUACACCAACCCAGAAUCAGCUUAUACAGGAAUGGCACACGCAGUUUCUUUCAUCUCUGUUGCACCCGCCGUCGCCUCUUCUUCAUCCACCUCCUCCAGGGCAUUAUCUUCAUGUAAUACGACAACCCAGAAACGGCUCUUCUUCCCCGUCGACCCUCUUCACACCAGGAACUUGAGGAAGUUGGUUAAUAAGAGGACGAAUCAACGAAAUUCUCCAGCAAGAGCGGUUUACUCAGGCGAGUUUUGGACACCGGAGAAUUCACGGCAGGGAAUUUGGUCAAUUAGGGAUGACCUCCAAAUCCCCUCUUCGCCUUACUUCCCUGUCUAUGCACAAGGAGAAGGGCCGCCUCCGAUGGUCCUAGAGCGCUUCCCUAGUGUUAUAAGUCAACUUUUCCAACAUAGGAUAAUACGCUGUGGUGGAGCUGUUGAGGAUGAUAUGGCUAAUGUUAUUGUUGCUCAGCUUCUCUAUCUUGAUGCUGUUGAUCCUCACAAGGAUAUUGUCAUGUAUAUCAACUCCCCGGGAGGAUCAGUUACAGCUGGCAUGGCCAUCUUCGACACCAUGAGGCAUAUUCGUCCUGAUGUUUCCACUGUCUGUGUUGGACUGGCAGCUAGUAUGGGAGCUUUCCUUCUGAGCUGCGGGACAAAAGGAAAAAGAUACAGCUUGCCUAAUUCAAGGAUAAUGAUCCAUCAGCCUCUUGGCGGAGCUCAAGGUGGUCAAACUGACAUUGAUAUUCAGGCAAAUGAAAUGCUGCAUCACAAAGCAAACCUGAAUAGUUAUCUUUCUUAUCACACUGGUCAAAGUAUUGACAAGAUCAACCAGGACACAGACCGCGAUUUCUUCAUGAGUGCAAAAGAAGCUGCAGAUUAUGGCCUUAUAGAUGGCGUUAUCACGAAUCCUCUUAAAGCGCUCCAACCACUGGCUGCUGCAGCUGACAGUAAUGUCCAACCCGUCGCAUAAAACUUCCCCCGUCUCUGCUAUAACUUAUAAUGUGUUCAAGGCAUUGCAGAUUUGAAUGGAGAAUGAACACUGUAAUGUUCCGAGUUCAUUUUACUUUAUAAUGAACGACGUUGAUAUCUGCAGAUUACAGGAUCGUAUAAACUUGUUUUCACCAUUUUUGGUGGUUGGUAGUUAUGACUAAAGCUUUGCAAAUUGAUUUAAUUACAAAUUUUAUGCACCUUGUACUUAUUUUGCUAUUGAAUUUGAGUUAGGGUUUC